GUGGGAUUGGGUUUGGACGUGCCAAGGGAAACUCAGGCUCAGAGGCAGACGAUGAAACCCAGCUAACCUUCUACACCGAGCAGUAUCGGAGCCGGAGACGAAGCAAAGGUUCAAUGAAGAGCCCCAUCAACAAGACAGCGCUGACCCUGAUUGCAGUCAGCUCCUGCGUCCUGGCCGUCGUGUGCGGCUCCCAGCUCUCCUGCCCGCUGACUGUCAAGGUGACACUUCACGUACCCGAGCACUUCAUCGCAGACGGCAGCAGCUUCGUUGUGAGUGAGGGGAGCUACUUGGACAUCUCCGACUGGCUUAAUCCAGCCAAGCUGUCCCUGUACUAUCAGAUCAAUGCCACAUCCCCCUGGGUGAGAGACCUCUGUGGACAGAGGACCACUGAUGCCUGUGAACAACUGUGUGACCAAGAGACAGGAGAGUGCAGCUGCCAUGAAGGCUACGCCCCAGACCCUGUCCAUCGCCACUUGUGUGUGCGCAGCGACUGGGGACACAGCGAAGGGUGAGUGGGGCUGACCCCCAGGUGAUGGUCUGCUCUUUCCCUUUUUUUUACGACGCUUGAGCGAGGAUACGACUUGGUUACAGGAGAGCAGGCGCCGGAGAAGAUCCUCAGAUCCACCUAUAGUUUGGGUCAAGGUUUGUGGCUGCCUGUCAGUAAGAGCUUCGUGGUACCCCCUGUGGAGCUUUCCAUCAAUCCUCUCGCCAGCUGCAAGACAGAUGUUCUGGUGACGGAAGAUCCAGCAGAUGUCAGGGAAGAAGCGAUGCUGUCCACCUACUUCGAAACCAUCAAUGACUUGCUCUCCUCUUUUGGGCCUGUCCGAGAUUGCUCCCGCAACAACGGUGGCUGUACUCGCAACUUCAAGUGUGUUUCAGAUCGCAAGGUGGACUCGACAGGCUGUGUGUGCCCCGAGGACCUCCGACCCAUGAAGGAUGGCACCGGUUGCUACGACUACUCCAAAGGGAUCGACUGCUCGGAUGGCUUCAACGGGGGCUGCGAGCAGCUCUGCCUCCAGCAAACCCUGCCACUGCCCCACGACCCCUCAUCCAGCACCAUCUUCAUGUUCUGCGGGUGCGUGGAGGAGUACAAGCUGGCUCCGGAUGGGAAGUCCUGCCUGAUGCUGUCGGACAUCUGCGAGGGCCCCAAGUGCCUGAAGUCAGAUGCCAAGUUCAAUGACACCCUCUUUGGGGAGAUGCUUCACGGCUACAACAACAGGAGCCAGCAUGUCAACCAAGGGCAGGUUUUCCAGAUGACUUUCAGGGAGAAUAACUUCAUCAAGGACUUCCCCCAGCUGGCUGACGGUCUCAUGGUGAUCCCGCUGCCCGUGGAGGAGCAGUGCCGCGGUGUCCUCUCAGAGCCCCUUCCUGACCUCCGGCUUCUCACUGGAGACAUCAAGUACGACGAGGCGAUGGGCUACCCCAUGGUGCAGCACUGGCGGGUCAGGAGCAACCUCUACCGGGUGAAGCUCAGCUCCAUCACCCUAUCUGCAGGAUUUGCCAACAUCCUGAAGAUCCUGAACAAGGACAGCAGCCGGGAGGAGCUGCUCUCCUUCAUCCAGCAGUUUGGCUCCCACUACAUCGCGGAGGCGCUGUAUGGCUCUGAGUUCAGCUGCGCCAUCCACUUCCCCAGCAAGAAGGUCCAGCAGCAGCUCUGGCUCCAGUACCAGAAAGCACAGCUCGUCUUGUAA